GCCGCUGCAGCGGCGGCUGGAACCGUGCGGGGAAACCGAAAGUGGGCGGCGGCCGCGGCGGGGGCCCCGGCUGAGAGGGCGGCGGGAGCAGGGCCCAGAAGCGCGGAGACGGGCCGUCGGCCCCCGGAACUAGGCAAAGAUGCUGGAAGCAGAUCUGGUUUCAAAGAUGCUAAGGGCUGUUCUGCAGUCUCAUAAGAAUGGAAUAGCAUUACCUCGGCUCCAAGGCGAGUACAGAUCCUUGACUGGAGACUGGAUCCCAUUCAAGCAGCUGGGUUACCCAACGCUAGAAGCCUAUCUGAGAAGCAUACCGGCAGUUGUCAGGAUAGAAACCAGUCGCUCUGGAGAGAUAACGUGCUAUGCUGUGGCAUGCACAGAAACGGCGAGGAUUGCCCAGCUUGUGGCUCGCCAAAGGAGUUCCAAAAGGAAAGCAGGGCGGCAAGUUAAUUGCCAGAUGCGAGUCAAGAAAACCAUGCCAUUUUUCCUAGAAGGAAAACCAAAAGCAACCCUCAGACAACCAGGAUUUUCUUCAGGGUUUUCUAUCAACAAGAAGCCUCCUACUGCAGCACUGUCAAGAGAUAAAGGAAACUCUCUUGGAGUUAAAUCUGAUGCUGAAAUGCCACCUUACACAGUCCACACAACUCUUGGAAAUGACGCGUUCAAAAAUGUUCCAGUGCAGAGACAUGUGACCUUGCCUACCAAUAACAGGUUUAGUCCAAAGGCACCUCAAUCACCAGCUUUUCUGAUGCAACUCUCAAGAACCUGUCCUAAGGAAAUGAGUGAUCAUUUAAAUCAGGUUGUUGAAAAAACAAAUGUCACACCUCUGGACUCUUACCCUUAUCAAAUGGAUGAGGUUCAAAGUCGGAUAAAGGAAAUUCUUAACAAACACAACAAUGGCAUUUGGAUAUCUAAGCUUCCACAUUUUUAUAAAGAGUUCUAUAAAGAAGAACUUAAUCGAGGACUUUUACAGCAAUUUGAACACUGGCCUCAUGUUUGCACGGUGGAAAAACCAAGUAGUGGUGGUGAAGAUUUACUUCUUUAUCCAGCUAAGAGAGCACAGCUUUCAAGAGGUGAACCCACAAAUGAGAAAGUGCCACCAUUGCCACGGCCUGCUGAGAAGCAGGUGUCAACAUUAAAGGAGUAUCCAGCAGUCAUCCCAAAAGACAUUAAAGAGAAAGUUGCAACACUGCUGGUGAAGUACUCAAGUGGGCUUUGGGCCAGUGCACUCCCUAAAGCCUUUGAGGACAUGUACAAAGUGAAACUCCCUGAGGAUGCCUUAAAAAAUCUCGCUUCACUUUCUGAUGUGUGCACUAUAGACUACAUUUCUGGAACACCCCAGAAGGCUAUUCUCUAUGCAAAACUUCCAAUGCCCACUGACAGAAUGUUCAGUGACGAACUGCAAGCACAAGGCGAUUAUGACAUCAAGUGUAUGAUUGAGCAAGAGUAUUUGCAGAUAGAAGAAAACAUUGCCGAAAGUGCCGAUAGCCUCGUGGAGAAUGUGACCAUUCCUCCUCUAAUCAUUCCAUCUGAGGCAUCCCCAUCUGUAUUGGUGGUUGAGCUGAGCAAUACCAAUGAAGUGGUGAUCAGGUAUGUGGGGAAAGACUAUUCUGCUGCUCAGGAGUUAAUGGAAGAUGAGAUGAAGGAAUACUACAGCAAGAACCCCAAGGUCGCUCCAGUCCAGGCUGUGCAUGUUGGGCAGUUGCUGGCAGUAAAUGCCGACGAGGAUGCGUGGCUGCGGGCACAGAUCAUCUCAGCAGAUGACAAGAAAAUAAAGGUAUGCUAUGUUGACUACGGUUUUAGUGAAAACAUUGAAAAGAGCAAAGCAUACAGAUUGAAUCCUAAAUUCUGUUCACUUCCAUUCCAAGCCACAAAGUGCAAGCUAGCAGGCCUGGAAGUUCUGAGUGAUGACCCUGAUUUGGUGAAAGUGGUUGAAUCUUUAACUUGCGGGAAGAUCUUUGCAGUGGAAAUACUCGACAAAGCUGACAUUCCCCUUGUUGUUCUGUACGACACCUCAGGAGAAGACGACAUCAACAUCAAUGCCACCUGCUUAAAGGCCAUAUCUGACAAGUCACUAGAAGUUCACCUUCAGGUCGAUGCCAUGUACACAAAUGUCAAAGUGACCAAUAUUUGCUCUGAUGGAACACUUUACUGCCAGGUGCCCUGUAAGGGUCUGAACAAACUCAAUGACCUUCUACAUAAGAUAGAAGACUACUUCCAUUGCAAGCACAUGACCUCCGAGUACUUCAUCUCACUACCCUUUUGUGGGAAGAUCUGCCUCUUCCAUUGCAAAGGAAAGUGGUCACGAGUAGAGAUCACAAAUGUUCACAGUAGCCGGGCUCUCGAUGUUCAGUUCCUAGACUCUGGCACCGUGACAUCUGUGAAAGUAUCAGAGCUCAGAGAAAUUCCACCUCGGUUCCUGCAGGAAAUGAUUGCUAUACCACCUCAGGCUAUAAAGUGCUCCUUAGCAGAUCUUCCACAGUCUAUUGGCGUGUGGACACCAGAUGCUGUGCUUUGGCUAAGAGAUUCCGUUCUGAACUGCUCAGACUGUAGCAUUAAGGUGACAAAGGUGGACGAAAACAAAGGGAUCGCAUAUAUUUAUUUAUUUACGCCUAAGAACUUCCCCGAUCCUCACCGCAGUAUUAAUCGCCAGAUUACAAAUGCAGACUUGUGGAAGCAUCAGAAGGAUGUGUACCUGAGUGCCGUGUCGAGUGGCGCAAGCUCUCCCAACAGCAAAAGCAUCAGUACCUCUGGGCCGGGCGGUGCUGGAGAGGGUUUCCGAAAGAGCCUCACUGAUAGCCUCAAAAAGUCCAUGGUGGACCACCCCAGCACUUUCUCUGUGAAUGAACUGCCACCUCCUGUCCACUUGUCAAAACCAGGGGAGCACAUGGAUGUGUACGUGCCUGUGGCCUGUCACCCCGGAUACUUUGUCAUCCAGCCUUGGCAGGAGAUACAUAAGUUGGAAGUUCUGAUGGAGGAGAUGAUUCUCUACUACAGUGUAUCUGAAGAGCGACACAUAGCAUUGGAAAAAGACCAAGUGUAUGCUGCAAAAGUGGAAAAUAAAUGGCACCGGGUGCUUUUGAAAGGAAUCCUGACUAACGGACUGGUGUCCGUUUAUGAGCUGGACUACGGCAAGCACGAAUUAGUCAACGUCCGAAAAGUCCAGCCCUUAGUGGACGUGUUCAGAAAGCUGCCAUUCCAGGCAGUCACCGCACAGCUUGCAGGAGUGAAGUGCAGCCAGUGGUCUGAAGAGGCGUCGAUGGUGUUUCGAAAUCACGUGGAGAAGAAACCUCUGGUGGCAUUGGUGCAGACUGUGCUAGAGAACACUAACCCCUGGGACCGGAAAGUAGUGAUUUAUUUAGUGGACACAUCGUUGCCUGACACUGAUAUCUGGAUUCAUGACUUCAUGUCAGAGUAUCUGGUAGAGCUUUCAAAAGUUAAUUAA